UCCAGAACAUAAGCCCCUCCCUCCCCUUCCUGUAGGGGGGGGCGGGGUUGCUUUCAGCUAUUGCAAACGCUGCAUUGCUCUCUUCCAAGGGGAUCUGAGGAGGCCAGCCGAGCAGAUCAAGCCAAGCUUUAUGAGGAGCUGGGAUUUGCUAGAGCUUCUCAUUCAGACUGACAGAACUUGGCAGAAGACCAAAGGGUUCCUUCCGAUCUCUCAGAGGCUUCCUGAGAGCACAGAUGGAUGAGCGAGACACAGCUGGCCCUAGAGCAGGAGGAGGUCAUGCCAUCCAAACUGGGAGCAGUGGGGGAUUCUUGGAAAACUCUGUGCAGAAGAUCCUGGGUGAGGAGGACGCCCUCCGCUCAGAGGUGCAGAGCCAGCAGUUGAGGCAGUUCUGCUUCCAGGAGGCCAAAGGACCCCGAGAGGUUUGCAGCCGACUCUACCACCUUUGCCAUCAGUGGCUGAAGCCAGAAAGGCACACAAAAGCUGAGAUGUUGGACCUGGUGAUCUUGGAGCAGUUCCUGGCUGUCCUUCCACCGGAGAUGGAGAGCUGGGUGAGGGAAUGCGGAGCGGAGACCAGUUCCCAGGCGGUGUCGCUGGCCGAAGGUUUCCUCCUGAGUCAGGCAGAGGAGAGAAAGCAGGAAAACGAUCAUUUUGCAGAAAAGGACCUGGAUUCCUGUGAGACAGAGAGGCCUCCAUUGGACACCAGAGAGAGGCCACUGGGUAAGGAGGAAGGUGGUUUUACUCCAUUUGGUCUCAUUCUGUUUAGAGAUGUCCUGCUUCACCUGUGA